AUGGAACAUUACUCAAGAAUGUUUGACAAAUCUAUUGGUACUGGUAAUCAAAAUGAAUUCAAUGUAUCUAUAUGUGAGACGGGAACGGAAAGAAAAAGUUAUUUAAGAGUUAAAUUAGCGAAUCUCAGGAAGCGUCAUAGACAGAAAAAAUAUGUGGAACAAAUAGCCCAACAGUUCAGAAUAGAUGAGUUUAAAACAUUCUUUCGAGUAGACCGAAAAACUGUGGCGUGUCUGCAGGAUUCCAUCGUUAUGAUAUGCACAGAAAGAAACCGAAAUAAUAAGCCGGCAAUCAUCAGGUGGUACACCGAAAAAAGUAUCCAUGAAAGGAUUUUGAUCCUUCUGUGGUAUAUGGCACGUGGUGACAAAUAUGCCUCUAUUGCUGAUAGAGCGAGAGCACUGGUUGUAUCAUUUAUUCACCAGUUCUUAUUGGAUAAAGUAGUCGUUUGGCCCACAGAGCAGAUGACAGAGAUGCAAGGCAUGUACAUGGAACUAAAGAGCUUCCCAUGCGUGAUAAGUUCUCUAGGACUCGAUUUCUUAAUAGUCAAUCUGCAGGUUGUCAUCCAACAGGUUGCUGUGUAUUACAAAUCAAAGAGUAAAAGUUGUAAGGAAUGCUUCAAUAAAUCAGGAUAG